UCGCUGCUAAUUGAACCGAUUUCGGAACGCAUUGUCACUUGAUUCGACUUGUAACAAGGUAAUUUGGUUAAUGAGACUUGAAUAAAAACAAAGUAAUUUGGUUACUAACUAAGACUAAUCUCCGUCAAUAAAUACAAAAAAUUGGAAAAGCAACCAAUUCCGUUUGUUAAUGAAACAAGAUAUGCCAAACGUCAAUUAUUCAAGAUUGGUUAGAACGACAGUAUUAACAAAGAAAUAUUAAACAGUAAUUACUUUUACUAUUAAACAGUUAAUACUUAAUAUACUUAAUAUUAUAAAAUUUUGUCCUGCAUAUACUAAAUAUAAUAAAUUUUUGUGAUGGUAAUCGCAAAUUCUAAUAUGAAUAAAAACAUAGACAUUUUAUUAGAAGAAAUUGACGAGUUGAUGUUGCAUAAAUUAGAAUUAAUGGAGGAAAAAAUUUGUGGAAAUAUUCAGAUGGAGACAUUAUUGAAGGAUGGCUACAUUGAGCUGGCAAAAGCAAAAUAUAUUCGUGGAAAAGAGAACAUCAGUAUGCUACAGGUUCCAAAUAAUGAAGACACAGUGACAUCCCUGUUUGAUUUGGAGACUAAAAUGAAUGAACAUAAUGUGCCAUGUUUUGACAUCAGUUUUAAAAAGUUAAGCGAUCCUGCAGAAGGAUUAGGGGAUCCUAUAAAAUGGUUUGGUGUAUUGGUUCCACAAAACUUGAGGAACAGUCAAAAACGUUUUCAGGAUUCUGUCAAUCUUGCUACAAAGAUAGCAAAUGUGCAGGAAGAACUUAUUUCUGUACUCUCCAAGCUUAAAACAUUAUAUAUUCAAAAAAAUAGUUUAUGUUCUUCAAACGAUAUUAAAACUUAAUACAUAUAAUUGAAAGUUUUAGAACUUUUUUGUCUUAAAUUAGAGUUUAGUAUUCAUUAAAGUAAUAAAUACUAAUUUAUCUACUAAAAUAUUUCAUUUUUUUAAUAUGUCAAACACUAAAUCAGUUACAAAAAAUAUAUAUAUAUAUAUAUAUUUGUUAUAAACAAUGUCUCAAAUAAAAUAUAUCUAGAAUUGUUUGUAAAUUUAAUAUAUUGAGAAUGUGAAUUGUUCGUAUUUUUAAAUUAUUUUAUUUCUUUAUCAUAUGUAUAUGUAUUUACACACAAUUGUGAUGUAGAAGUUGCACGAAUUAUAUUAUUUAUGAAAUUUUAAUUUAUUGAUAUCUUAUUAUACUAUGGAAUGUCGAAAGAAAAGUAUAUACAUAUUAUAUAUACAAAAUUUAAUUAUAAGGAUACGCAAUUAAAUCUAAUUAAUCAUGUACAAAAGUUACAUAAAUUCAAUUAUGUUUGUGAAUAGAUCAAAUAAAAAUGAAAUUUCCUAAACUACUAUUGCACACUUUUGGAUGUAUGUUUUUAAUAUUGAAAACUAUUUAAA